UGUGUGUGUGCGCCACUGUGUGUCAGUGUGUGCAUGAAUGGGCUCUGCUUUGACUGGCGUUAUUGUCUCUCAUCUGCAAACCUCAGGUCGCGGAAGCACCGGCGGGAUUCUGCGGCUGUCGCUGCGCGAAUAAUGGUGGCACACAUGGCGCAUCACGGAGACACGACGCCGCGGAGCGAUGGGAAUGGAGAGGUUUCACCAUCAGACCUGAAGGAUCAUCCUGCUGAAAGUUCUCACAGCAGUACAGAUAACACAUCGACGGAGGAGAGCUCGGAGGAAGAGGAGGCCCACGAGGAGGAAGAGGAAAGAGAUUCAGGUUCAGAUUUGAUCACUGUGUACAAUCUGUUCUGGUGAACUAGAAAACACUCCUUAUGAUCUACUAAAAUAUUAGUAUCUGAACAGGAAGAUAUCUUGCAGUAAGAUGAAGUGCACUGAAAGCCUAACAUACAACUCCGACACGAGACCCAGAGCAGAACCUCACACCGCCUCAGCCGAGCCGCUUCAGUCCUGCUGUGAGAAGUGCAGAGCUCUGAAGAAUCCCAAAUUCGAGCUGGUCACCCCCAGGAAAAUAUCUCGAGAUCGGCUACAGCUGCAGCUGGAUGCGGAGGGUGUGUACGAGUGUUCAGACACUGGGCUGGUGUUCGAGGUCUCUCAGCGUGUCAAGAUCACCUACUGCGUUCUCUCCUGGAGCAAGUUUAGCACAUACUUGACCGGAUCUUGGAAAUUCGCUGGUCCCAUUUUCGACGUGGACUGCGAUCCGUCUAUUCUCAAAUCCGUCCAGUUCCCACACUCACUGUGUCUGGCAGCAGACAAAGACAACGAAGUGAAGUUCAGCGUGCUGCAUGUGAAGAACAGCCGUGGACUGAUCGAGCCCUCGGCGGAUCACUCCGGCAGUCACGUCAGGUGGAACGUGUCGUCGUCUCUUUCUCCCGUGGGUCCGAUUGUUCAGACGUCUAAAUCUGCAGAGCAUCAUGGGGUGGUGCAGGUGUUCAAGGAGGUGGGUCAUGAGAACUCCUUCUCCUUCAGAGUUUACCUGGCUGGAAACAACUGCUCUGACAUCAAGGACAUCAGGAGGGCCGUUCGGCGGGCGAACAACUGUAAGAACAACAAGAGGUACAUACAAGUAGACAAGCCUCCCACCUGCAUGCUGGAGGAGAACAGGAGGUACCGUCUGAUCAGCGAGCCCAUGGGUCACAUCACACCGGAGGACAUGCUCUUCUCUCCUGUCAUCGUGGAGGUGAAGGGCUACUUCGAGGUCUUCUUCGAGGAGAGUCCUCCCUUCAAGCUGUCCUUGACUGAUGCUGACUCGGGUCACACCGUAUGGACCGCUACCAUCAGAGAGGGAGACUGUGUACAUCAUCUAGAUGAAAACCCCAGAAAACCAUCAAAAGGCAGAAAGAGACAAAGUAGCACGUCAGAGGAAGAGCUCUGUCACAAACGCAGUAAGAAAGCUCGCGGCAUUGACGAGCCCGACUGUAACGCGACGGCCGCGGCUCCGGACCUGACGGACCAGCAGCUGAUGCAGGUGGCCAAACGCAUGGGGAGGGAGUGGAAGGUGGUGGCCAUCAGCUGUCUGGGCCUCAGCAAGCAGGACCUGGAGGAGAUGGAGGCCGCCGAGGAGAGCGUGACCAUGCUGAAGUUCAACAUGCUGGAGCGCUGGAGACGGCGACAGCCCAAGGGAAAAGCGGGAAUUCAGGAUCUCCACAAAUGUUUGAAAGACAACGAUGAUGUGCCGAAUGAGGUCAUUGCUGUUCUGGACGAGAUGCUACAAAAUAAUUCCACUACAUGAGCUUCAACUGUGAGAUGAGCACACGUCUGUCCACCUGUCUGGAGUCUGGGUGUCUGACCGAUCAUUUUAACCACUGAUAGAGAGCGAUGAAGACGUCCUGAAAGAGAAGUCCUGAGGUGUGUGCUCGUACUGGAAUCUGGAGCUUUCAGGAAGAACUUCAGGAGAACUGAGCUCUGUAGAUACUUGACGCUCUUAGUACAUCUGGUACAUUUUUGUAUGUAGCUCUUUGUACAUUUUUAGAUACUGUACAUAUUUGAAUGUCUUUGUAAGGAUUGUAAGUAGAGCUCAGUUUGUUUUGUUGAAUUAUGAGCCGUGAUCAUAUGUAUUGGUUUUUUUAAGGACCAGA